UUUACAAUGUGUUUAUGGUGGUCAUUGACAAUACAUGUGUAUGAAUUUUUAAUUAUCAUGAUAUCGAACAUACAGUUCUGUAGUUUAAUGAUAGAAUAUCAAUAGAACAGAAAAUGAUAUCUGGUAGACUUGUAAUAGUUCUUGUUUGUUUACAGCUAACUUGUGGCUACAAUAAAGACAAGAAGAUAAUAAAGGAUUUAAAAGAGAGAGAAAUAUUACAGUUGCUCAAAGUUCUGAUGUUUCCGUAUAAAUGUCCACCGAACACCUCUUGGAACUCUUUGACAGAGCAAUGCGAUGAAGAUACUCACAGACUAGAAAAAAAUGAACUUCAGACAAGAGAAUCAUGUACAGCGGGAUAUAAGUACGUUGAAGGCGAAGGCUGUGUUAUCGACGUAACAGGUGGUUCAAAAACUGGCAAUGACGGGUGCUGCCUUCCAGGGACAGGAUGACAAAUAUAUCUUUCACAGAAUUCAUUGAAUCAUCAGUUUUCGUUAUUUUAUCUUUAUCUUAUAUAACAAAUGUAAAACUGUUUUUGACCAAUUGAAUUUCACAAAAAGUGCAAUUCGUGAAUUUUAAAUUUGAAUGACACAUGCCAGCCAUUUUGCAUAUAUUUAAUACACCAAAUAUAUUAAUAUUUUCAAAAUCUUUAAUAUCAACUACUUCGUCCAUGUCAUUGCCUUCUUGAAACUUAUAAGUCUGAAACAUGAUAUUGACAGUUAUUGCUAAAAUGUAAUAUAUGAACCUAGCAGAAGUUUUGUACAUUUAAAGACUGUUGGUCAGUGACAAUUGAAUAUAACAAAUAGUAAAAAUUGUAAACAAAUUUAUCCCAUUAUAUUGUUUACAGAGUUCAGUUGUUAUCUCUGUCAAAUAAAUGUUAUACUUUCA